UGCUGCAUGCCGUUUAAAUAUCGUUCAGUGACACCUUAAACAUCACUUCGAGUACAGUUAGUCUGAUGUAUGAACGAUUGACAGUCGAAAUAUGGAUAUACUUACAUUUCUUUUUGGAUUUGCUUUUUGUACGACAUACGGUAUUAAAUUGACGAUUGAUAAAAGCACUUUGAUAGAAAACUCAACGGCGAGCGUGAAUUGCACAACAGACACAACACCGGAGGAUGCGUUACUGAUCUACACUCCUGUGCCAGUUCAAUAUGCAAGCAUACCGCGAUAUAUUCGAGACAGAAUAACUGUUAACGAAAACAAGCUGGCGUCUCUUGUUUGUCAAGCAAAUGGUAUUCCCGCAGCAAACAUUACUUGGUUUUGGGAUAACUCCAUCCUUUCUACAUCAAUUGACGAUGUGCAGAUUGUUUAUAAUAUAAGUCAAGCUAUUAAGGGCGAAUCUGACAAGACGUUCUCUGUAACGAGCAAUUUGACACUCAACGUAAACAGGUCCCACAACCGAAGGGUGAUUUAUUGCCGAGCCAGAAAUGUGAACUCAGAACUCAAAAUCAGUAGGAGGAUUCAACUAGAUGUUAGAUUUCUGCCGACGACUGGGAUUUUGAUUAGCGGUGGCCGUGAUUUUUAUAUGAUCCGAAAUUCACCAACAAUACAGAGACUGGAAUGCUCUAUCAAAGGCGGUAAUCCAUAUGCAGACUUACAUUGGUCUUGCUACAAUGGAAACCAGAUAAAGUUCAACGAUUCUUCGGGUGCAAUAAGUGCAGUUACUUGGAAGGCAGAAUUGAACAACGAUUCCAUUUGUACCUGUACAGCAUCGCACGAUCUUGGAUGGACAAGUGUUGAGGAUGUCUAUAUACAUGCAUUAUAUCCACCUACCCCUCCUUUAUUCCAAAUAAACACAUGUAGAAACAAGGGUGUCGAAAAUGGAAGGUUCAUUAAAGUUGUUCGCGGUAAUACAGUGGAUAUCGACUGUUCUUCCAGCGGAAAUCCCCCACCGACUUACUUCUGGUCAGACAGUUUACAGUCAAGUAAACUUUUUAUAAAAAAUGUGUCGGAACAUCACGCCUUCGAGUAUUUCUGCACUGCCAACAAUAUCAUGGACGCUUCGAAUGGAAAGAGUAUUGCAUCGUCGGUUACUUCAAGUUUUCACCUUGACGUUUUGUAUCCACCAAAGAUAACAAGACGUACAACACCAGUUGUGGUCCUUGAAGGUAGUAACAUCAGUUUAUCUUGUGACUCAAAACCGGGAAACCCAAAUGUCACAUCAUUGUCUUGGACCAGUACAGAACAGCCUUACAGAGAUACAUCUGAUCAAUACCUCAUCAUACAGAAUAUAUCUCGAACAGAAGAAGGUGUAUUUACAUGUUUUGCUGAAAAUAUUAUGCACCCGACUGGAUGUCCAGAAAUACAUGGUCGCGAUAUUGAAAACGUUCAUGUGGAUGUUCAAUAUAAGGCGUCAAUUAAAACGUUCACAGCUCUAAACACUAUAGUCAAUCACGGAGAUAACCUUACUUUUGCUUGUGAUGUGGAUAGUGACCCCCCUGCAAAUAUAACCAUUGUAUCACCUACUGGAGCCCGCCUAGAAUAUAUCGAGGGAAAAAAUAAGUUACAUUUCAGCAAGAGCAGUUCAUGCUUAGAGGACAUAGGUCAGUUUACGUGUGUAUCUGUAAACAAGCACAACCAUUUGCAACCAGAAAAAAGAAACGUCACAGUAGAUGUGAAAUGUUCGCCUAUAUAUCCAUCUGACUACAAUCAAAUAACAACAGUCGAAGGAAGACUUGGGGAAAAGGCAGUUCUUAAUUUCCGUGUAUUUUCGAACCCUCCACCAAUCAACAUUACAUGGGCAAAUAUUUCGAACAGUUUUUACAUUCCAAUAGACACAAACUCAUUGGACAGAGUUAUUAUCAACACUUCAGAUAACAUGUCAUCUACCCUCGUUAUAACAAACAUAAAACCCUGGGACGCCGGCAAUUACUUUGUAAGGGUUGAAAACGAACUUGGCAGCAAGAACGAAACGUUUCACAUUGUUAUAGACAACAAAUCAACUACAAUUGCCACACCCACGAUAAAUUUCGGCGCUGUCGUAGGUGGCCCUUUUAGUGCUCUAACUGGAGUAGUCAUCAUUGCAGUUGUUGUGUUUGUCUUUUAUAGGAGGAUAACAAGUGUUAAAGGCAAGUAG